UUUUCUUUUUUGAGAAGAACAGCUCUUUCCUCUUGGAGCCCGGCUUCUGCAAUUAGAUUCCCAGUGCAAAGUUGCGGGGGGAAAGGCGUGCAGAAAGUGCUGGAGAAACAAAAGCGGUGUGGAGCUACAACUACUUCCCAGAGGGGACGGUGCCUUAAGUAGGAGAAGGACGGAGAACUUGCGAAGGGGGCUUGAGAGCGCCCAGUGACUGGAAAAGUUGACUGUCUUGUUUCAAGCUGGUGCCAAACUGAGACCCGCCGAUUUCCCCACAGCUGCCGCCGCGAACGCGCGCGCGAGCCGCCGAAAUGGUGCAACAGACGAACAACGCGGAGAACACGGAAGCGCUUCUGGCCGGCGAGAGUUCGGACUCCGGCGCCGGCAUCGAGCUGGGCAUCGCCUCCUCGCCCACGCCGGGCUCCACGGCUUCGACGGGGGGCAAAGCGGACGACCCGAGCUGGUGUAAGACUCCCAGCGGGCACAUCAAGCGGCCCAUGAACGCCUUCAUGGUGUGGUCUCAGAUCGAGCGGAGGAAGAUCAUGGAGCAGUCGCCGGACAUGCACAACGCCGAGAUUUCCAAGCGCCUGGGCAAGCGCUGGAAGCUGCUCAAGGACAGCGACAAGAUCCCCUUCAUCCGGGAGGCGGAGCGGCUGCGCCUGAAGCACAUGGCGGACUAUCCUGACUACAAGUACCGGCCCAGGAAGAAGGUGAAAUCGGGCACGAACUCAGCGAAGCCGGGCGAGAAGAGCGGGGGUGGAGGGAGUGGCGGCGGCGGCGGCAGCCCGGGAGGAGCCACCACCGCCGUCUCCAACUCUUCCAAACUCUCCUUGAAAAAGGGCAGCGCCGCCAAACUCUCCCCCAGUGGCGCCGGAAAGCCUCAUCCCAAACUCAGUCUGAGCGGCGGCGGCGGCAGCAAAAACUCCCCGUCAUUCUCCGUGUCUGAACAGCCGGCUGCGCUCCUGCCCCCGGAGCACCACUCGCUGUACAAAUCCCGCGCCGCUUCGCCGGGCUCCUCCUCGCCCUCCAGCAGCAGCAGUAGCAACAGCAGCAGCAAACACCUCCCUGAGAAGAAGGCCAAGCGGCUCUACCUCUUCUCGCACUCGUCGCCCGGCGGCGCCGUGCCUGCCAGCCCGACGCUGAGCACCUCGACGGAGGCCAGCGACCCACUCAGCCUCUACGACGAAGCGGGCGCCGCGGCCGCCGCAGGGAGUCAGCAGGACGGGGGCGGCGGAGGCAGGGAAUCCUCCGCUUCCCCCGCGGGCGGCUGUUCUCCGUCGGACCACCGAAGCUACACCAGCCUGAGGGCGCCCUCGCCAGCGCCGUCCACCUCGCACUCGUCGUCCUCGGGCUCCUCCUCCGCCUCCUGCGCUUCCUCCUCCUCGGACGACGAGUUCGAAGACGACCUGUUGGACCUCAACCCCAGCCCGGGUUUCGACAGCAUGGCCCUGGGCAGCCUGAGCUCGUCGGUGCUCGACAGGGACCUGGAUUUUAACUUGGAGCCCGGCUCGGGCUCGCACUUUGAGUUCCCGGACUAUUGCACCCCGGAGGUAAGUGAGAUGAUUUCGGGGGACUGGCUCGAAUCCAGCAUUUCCAACCUGGUCUUCACGUACUGAGGAGGAAGAAGGAAGAGAAGAGAAAAGACACGAAAAGUAGCAUGUGUGUGCGCGCGCGGGGGGCGUGGGGAGCGAGAGAGACGCAAACACGGCACAGACCCACGCGUGCUAAGGACAGACUGGAGAGCGAGAAUUUCGCCCACGGAGAGUGAGGGUUUUUUCCCCCCAUCAAUGAAACUGACUGGGGGGGUGCGUGUGUCUGAUUUUAAAAAGAAAAUGGCAAAAGGGAUCAACCUUUUCUUCUUUUUUGUUUUUGCGAGAAAAAGCAAACCACAGAAGUAUCUGUCUAGCUAAACAGAUCCUCACCCCCACCCCCUUUUUUCCACGCUCCAACAGCCGAAGAAUGAGUUCCACGUUUCAGAGACUAUGGCGAGA